AUGUCGGGCGUGCUUUUGCAUGUACAGGUCUCGAUGACUCUGCCAAAACCAAUGAACCGACCUUUUUGGGGCUGGGUGAAUAUGAUGUUCAACCGUGUGGAUCGUGCCCGGCUGAAGAAAGUUGGUCCCGAUCGUCUUUGUGCCGAAUGGUUACUGAAGAAUGGAGCAAAGGCAAAAUUUGUCAAGGAUAACCGAACACACGUACACUUUAAUGCGCUGCCGGAAGAAUCGCUACCGGUGCUAAUGGAGGAGCUUGAUGGAACUGAUUCGGGAAUAAUGCAUAUUGGCUUCGAUCAUCUCGAAGGAUUGACCCGACUUCGGAAAGUGGUACUUCACAACUGUGUGUACAUUGACGAUCAAGCGCUAUGGAAGCUGCGUUACGUAGCCAACACACUGGAAGAAAUACAAAUUUCCAAGUGUGGCAAUGUUACCGAUCAUGGAUUAUUGCACCUUAAGCAACUAACGAAGCUUCAGCACGUAAAAACCUUCGAUUUACCACAUGUGAAAAAUAUGCAAGAAGUGGAAAAAACGCUAAAGCAAGCGCUUCCCAGUUGCAAAAUAGAAAUUAAUUCUUAA